AUGUAUGUGUUGGUGUUGUUCCUCUCCGUGCUGUCACAAUGUGUUUGUGCAAAGGAAAAGGCUAUUAUCGGAGGUAUAUUUUACAAAGACUCAGAUGAUAUGAAAGUGGCGCUGGAAGUUAGCGCUAAAAACUUUAACUUUACAGCGUCCAUUAAAGAAGUAUCAGUCAGAGGGGAAAUUUUGGAAGUAAGCAAGUAUGUGUGCGAACUAGCUGAGGAAGGUGUGAUCGGUAUUAUAGAUGGAACUGGAGGACGAGCCAGUGAGAACAUUCAAGCAAUAUGUGACAUGUUGGAAUUACCUCAUGUCAGCAUACAACACAAUGACCUUUAUAGUGAAAACUGGUCCGUGUUGAACAUGCAUCCCAGUCCAACUGCUUUUAAUAUGGUACUAGAAAAUCUAAUUAUCCAUAAGGAUUGGCGGAACUUCACGUUAUUAUACGUGAAAGGGCACAGUUUGCUGCGCCUGGGUGACUUGCUGAAGAUGGGCAACGAUUCCUAUCCGUAUGUGGUCACUUUGAGAGAACUUAGCGGUGAUAAUUACCGGGAAGUACUAAUCGACGCCAAACGCAACGGUUAUACGAACUUUGUGGUUGACUGUCCUUCUCGGAACUUGGAACAAGUGUUGCUUCACGCUCAGCAAGUGGGCAUGAUGGCUGAGGAACAUUCGUACAUAUUCCUCUCACCUGAUAUAUUUACUUUGGACAUGGAUCGAUAUAGGUAUGGCGGAGUUAAUAUGACAGGUUUCCGUCUAGUAGCACUACAAAAUAAAGACAAUGAGAAACUUUGGAACUUUACAACGACGUUUAACCAGGAAACAGGGAAGGAGCUGGAGCCAGAUCAAUUUAAAACAAAAUUACUUCUAAUACAUGAUGCUGUGGAAGUUAUAUCUGCGGCGAUGAAGAAAUUAAAAGACGUAAAGGCAGAGUUCUUAAGCUGUGACAGCUACAAAGCGUGGAAUUAUGGAUCAAGUCUCCUAAAUUUCAUGAAAACGAACAAGGUAGAUGGAUUAACAAGAUCUUUAAUAUUUGAUGGUUUGGGGCAAAGAACAGAUGUCACUUUUGAUUUGUUGGAGCUAACUUCUGCUGGGAAUCAGACAAUUGGGAUGUGGACGAAUAAUAAAUUGAAAAUAGACAGGCCAAUCGUGGCUGAUGCAGAAAUUACCCAGGAGGCAGCACUUAGAAACAAAACUUUGAAAGUUCUAAUUGCGAUAGCUCCUCCAUACGGCUAUUUAAAAUUGUCUCAUGAAACAUUAGAAGGCAACGAUCGUUACGAAGGCUUUACUAUAGAUUUAAUUGAAAAAUUAAGUGAAAUCUUAGGAUUCAGUUACGAAUUUGAAGUAGAACAGGAUUAUGGUAGUAAAACUGAAACUGGUGAAUGGACUGGAAUGGCUUUACAACUUAGAGAAGACAAAGCCGACCUUGCCAUUUGUGAUUUAACAAUAACAGCGGUGAGACAAAGUGGUAUCGAUUUCUCGACCCCGUUCAUGACGCUUGGUAUCGGUAUUCUGUACAAGGAGCCCAGUAAACAACCACCUGAGAUGUUCUCCUUCAUGGCUGUCUUCUCCAAAGAGGUCUGGUAUUACAUGAUGCUCAUCCAGUUGGCUCUGGGUGUGACGAUGAUCUUCGUCGGUCGUAUCUCGCAUAAGGAGUGGCAGAACCCGGUGCCCUGCAUAGAGUCACCAGAAGAGCUGAGCAAUCAGUUCAGUUUCGCUAACUCUGUUUGGCUCAUCAUUGGUUCUGUCAUGCAGCAAGGUUCUGAAAUUGCUCCCAUAGCGUUAGCUCCACGUAUGAUCACUAGUGUGUGGUGGUUCUUCACUAUGGUAAUGGUAGCCUCAUACGUCGGUACAUUGGUUGCGUUCCUUACCGUUGAGAAAAAUGUACUGCCUUUCAAUACGGUUGAAGAAUUAUACAAUAGUAAAUCUAUUUCUUACGGAGCCAAGAAGAAGGGAUCCACGAAGCAGUUCUUUGAGGAUUCGACCAGCCCAGUUUACCAAGCCAUGUACAAGAAAAUGGUCGCACACAAUUGGCUUGUCGAACAGAACGACAUAGGAGUGAAAAUGGCUGAGACUACACAGUACGCAUUUUUUAUGGAAUCGACAUCCCUAGAAUAUUGGAAAGAAAGGCAUUGCGAUUUGCUGCAAGUUGGUGGGCUGCUUGACUCUAAGAGUUAUGGCAUUGGAAUGAAGAAGAAGUCACCAUUCAAAAAAUAUAUCGAUGACGCCUUGCUUCACCUAAAGGAGAACGGUGAAAUAGAAAAACUAAGGAAUAUUUGGUGGAAGGAAAAACGAGGCGGAGGAAAAUGUGGGGAGAAACGAGACGAGGAACAGAAACAGUUGGGUAUGAAGAACAUGUUGGGAGCUUUCGUUGUGCUCGGUGUGGGCUGCCUUAUAGGACUCUUCAUAUCCAUCAUAGACAUGCUAUGGGGUGUGUUCAAGAGAUCUGUUAAAUAUAGCACGACCUUCAAAUACGAGUUGGUGGAAGAAUUGAAGUUCGCUCUUAAGUUUAGUGGUAGUAUAAAACCAGUGAAGAGACCACAGAAAUCUCCUGUGGACGGAAGUUUUGAGGCGCUUGCGAAGGCUGAAGGCAAAGAUGAUAUACGCUCUCUACACUCAAUAAAGUCUACUGACACCCGUCGUACACAACACUCACAUAGCUCUAGACAUUCUUCUCGCAGUCUCAGUGUCGCCUUCGCCAAACGACGAUCUUAUAGCUAA